AAGAUAUUUUUAGAAAUUUCACCAUGCCAAAUUUGUCAAAAUGUGAUAAAUUAAACAAGUAUGCUACUGCAUUGAUCGGCAUAGUAUCUGAACUUAUUGGGGGUUUUAGCCUGUACUUAUCUUGUCAAGACUAUAUGCAGACAGAAUUGUCUGUCCACAUUGUUCUCUUCUUUGGCACCAUAUAUCAAAUAGUUACAUCCUUGUGUCUCACUAUUGGAGCUCUGUGGAUGCAAGAAAAAUUGCUCAUUCCAUGGCUUAUUUUACCCGUGUCAGCUAUCGAUUAUGCUGUAGUUAUGUAUAAAGUUUGCAACGGCACUAUUUAUGGCAUUUUAUUUGGAGUGUUUUUGGAAAUGACAGCUUGGUAUAUCGCCGUACGCUUGUUUUUGAGAUACAGCGGUCUAACAAGCCUUAAUAAUGCAAGCUUAUUUUCAGAACAAAGGACCGUAGGACGAGCAAUUGGUAUGAAUAUUUUUUUUAUAUAAUUGAAUUUCGAUUUUAGCUAUACGCCAAUGUAUAAAUACGUGUGUAUCCUGCGAUCCCUUGGUCAAAGUGUAUCAACAAGCUGGCUGCGCCCGACUUUACUUCGUUUUUGUUAAAUAUACUCAUGCGCACUAUUAUCAACAGCCGCAAUUCCUGUCAGUACUUUGGGGCAAGCACUUGGGCCAAGCUAAAAGAAAUUAGUUAAAAUUCAAAUAAAAAUAUAAUUCGAU